AUGGCGAAAAUUUACCGUCAAGGAAUGGCCAUACAACGGUGGGAUUUUGGGAAUGUCAAAAAAUAUUCAAGAGAUCCUGUCAAUGAUCCUGCUGGUUGCAAUGCGCCAAACUUGCCAGCUUUUCAGAUUACAAUUCCUAUAAGUCAAGUAUUUUGGGACCUACCAUUUCCUAUUCCACCUGCAUAUGUUCCAAUAAUAUUGACAAAUAUAAAUGGUAACAAUUUUAUUAUUGACUUGUACCGAAUCCAGCGAAUCGCUUUAGAUACUAAGAUGGAAUAG